AAGCCUACGCCUUCGGUGCCGAAAUGUGUCAGUGCUAGCGCGAAUUUCAACGGGAUCGGUUCGGUACCGGGAGUACGGUGAAGAUAUUAUUGGUGUUGCGUGGGAGGAAGGAAUCCGAUCAAGAGGACGAAGUUCAACGCAAUUCACCUGCAAGGUGAAGGCGAAGGCAACGAUACGACGACGGCAACGCCCGUUUCAGCGGGAAACCCCACUCCAAUCAAUAUGACGUCCAACGGACAAAAGUUCCUCCUGCUGCUGGAGAAGAAUUGGAUCAUCCAGAAGCGGCACUAUCUGCAGACGCUGUUCGAAAUCAUCAUUCCGGUGCUGUGCUGUUCAAUCUUGCUGUUAGUUCGCGGUCUCGUAGAUCCUGAAUACGUAGAAAAGAGUACAAUCUUCAGCGCUUUAUCAACGGAUUCGUUCGCCAAUCGAUUUCAAAUUAAUGGUGAACAGCUAAACUAUUCAAUAGCAUAUUCACCGCAGAAUGUCAUACUGGAUCGAAUCAUGGCAGAUGCUGCCGAAUCGCUGGAUACUCAAGUGAUCGCUUUCCCGGACGCUCAAACCAUGGAGUCGUUCCUCAUGAGCCAUAACCUGGUGGCUGGAGUGGAGUUUGGUGAUUCUCUAUCAAACGUAAUCAGCCUUCCGGAAAAGCUCAGCUACGCCAUACGCUUCCCCGCUGAACUCCGGUUCGGUUUUGGUCUGCUCUCGGACUGGGAAACUCGUCUCCUCAUGGUACCGUUUACGCCUCGUCUACGUGAUCCCUACUCAAAUGACGGUGGAACUCCCAGUUAUUACGCAGAAAAUUUCCUCUCCGUUCAAACAGCAGUUUCAAAGGCCAUCAUCCGGGAGCGUAACUCUGCAUCGAAAAUGCAUCCCGUCUUCAUUCAGCGUUUCCCAUAUCCACCGUACUACGACGACCCGAUCCUGCAAGCUAUGGAGCAGCUGCUGUCCCUGGUCAUCCUGCUCUCCUUCUUCUACACAUGCAUCGUGAUGGUCAAGCACAUCGCCGUCGAGAAGGAACGACAGCUGAAGGAAGCGAUGAAGAUCAUGGGACUGCCCAACUGGCUGCACUGGGCGGCGUGGUUCGUCAAGAACAUCCUGCUGCUAGUGAUUGCUAUAUCGCUGAUAACGGUGCUACUUUGUGUCUCCGUCAACGGCAGCGCCAUCCUGGAGUACUCGGACUGGACCGCUGUAUGGUUUUUCCUGUUCGUGUAUUGUAUCGCGAUCAUCUGCUUCUCCUUCAUGAUGAGUGUCUUCUUCAAUAAAGCUAACAUCGCCUCUGGUAUCGCUGGAUUGAUGUGGUUCGUGUUCGUGAUGCCGUACAAUGUGACCGCGCAGAACUACGACGGAAUGAGCACUGGGAGCAAGGUCGGUUUGAGUUUGUUCUUCAACAGUGGAAUGUCGUUUGCGAUGAUGAGUACCCUGCGCAUGGAAGCAAACCAAGUGGGAUUGCGGUGGAGCAGCUUGUUCACUCCGGCUACAGUUGAUGACGGUUUCAGUGUUGGUACAGCGAUCAUAAUGCUAUUGGUGGACGCGUUGAUCUACCUGGCGAUCGCUUUGUACGUGGAACAGGUUAUGCCAGGCCAGUUUGGAGUCGCUAAACCGUGGAAUUUUCUGAUCAAGAAGGAGUUUUGGACCAAGAAGGAAUCCAAAGCGGAAAACGUUCCACGACGACUAAUUGAAAGACAGAACUCGAAGUAUUUUGAGGCAGAACCCAAUGGAACGAAUGCAGGAAUUCAGACGGUCGAUUUGCGCAAAGUGUUCAACGGGAAUAAGGUGGCGGUCGAAGGAUUGAAUGUGAAAAUGUACGAAGAUCAGAUUACAGUUUUACUUGGUCACAACGGAGCAGGUAAAACCACCACUAUGUCUAUGCUUACGGGGAUGUUUUCGCCAACUUCUGGCACAGCAUAUCUCAAUGGACAUGACAUCAGAACGGAUCUUGAGGGAGUCCGACAAUCUAUGGGAUUGUGUCCUCAGCACAAUGUACUCUUUGAUGAGAUGACCGUCAUCGAGCAUCUGAAGUUCUUCGGUAAACUGAAAGGCGUACCGAAGGCAGCACUCGACGGUGAGAUCGAUAGAUAUUUGAGGAUGUUGGAGCUGCUGGACAAGGGGAAUGCUCAGUCGCAAACACUCUCCGGUGGUAUGAAACGAAAGCUGGCAGUGGGGAUCGCUCUUUGCGGUGGUUCAAAAGUAGUAUUGCUCGACGAACCAACGUCAGGAAUGGAUCCUUCGGCUCGUAGAGCUCUUUGGGAUUUACUCCAGAAGGAAAAGAAGAACCGUACUAUGCUGCUGUCCACGCACUUCAUGGAUGAAGCGGAUGUUUUGGGUGAUCGUAUCGCGAUCAUGGCAGAUGGAGUCCUGAAAACGGUUGGAUCUCCGUUCUUUCUCAAGAAGACAUUUGGCGUUGGAUAUCGACUGAUUUGCGUUAAGGGCCCAUAUUGCAACAGGGAUCUGCUUUGUCAGAUCUUAAGAAACUACAUUCCGGAUGUUCGGGUCGAAACCGACAUUGGUUCGGAGUUGUCGUUCGUGUUGAAGGAGGACUAUAUUGGAGUAUUUCAGAAAAUGCUUGAAGAGUUGGAACGGCGGAUGGCGGAAUGCGGCAUUACAAGCUUUGGUAUUUCUCUGACCACGAUGGAGGAGGUGUUUUUGAAGGCUGGCAGCGACACACUUUCGGAAACAGACCAUUCUAAUGGAACUUCUAUUGAGACGAUCAAUCGAAACUAUUCGUUGAACAACAUGAACCUUUUGACGGGAAAUGACCUGCUGCUCAGUCAAAUCAAGGGUCAAUUUUUGAAGAAAAUGUUGUCUUCCCUUCGUUCGUGGGGUACGCUAAUCAUCCAGAACGCGAUUCCAAUCUUCUUCGUCAUUAUGUCCUUUGUGAUUGUUCAAAGCAUUUCCAAAGAUCAAGAUUUACCACCGUUGAAGAUAUCUCUGGAUCCCUACAAAGAAACUGUGACUGUAUUGGAAGGUAACGCUGUAGUUGAUCCACGAGUACAAGCCUAUCAGAAUCUAUUGAACAAUGUGGGUGGAUCGCAUCGACUAGAGACUGUACCCAAUACGGUGUCGGAGUAUAUCUUGGAAAAAUCCCAAACAGCCAUCUCCGAAGUUAACGUCCGUUACAUGGUGGGCGCCACCCUUAACGAUACGGCCUACACCGGAUGGUUCAACAACAAAGGCUAUCACACAGCCCCAUUGGCUUUGUCGCUGAUUUUCAACGCCAUCAUGAGCACCGAGUGCCCAACUUGUGAGAUCACAGUCGUCAACAAACCUCUUCCGUUUCAGCUGAAAACAACGCUGUCCAUCGUGAACACCGGGCUCAACGCCGGAUUUCAGCUGGCCUUCAACACCGGGUUCGCAAUGGCUUUCGUCGGUGCACUCUUCAUUCUGUUCUACAUCCGCGAACGAACAUCGCGUGCAAAACUACUCCAAUAUGUCAGUGGAACUAACAUCGCUCUCUACUGGACCGUCGCCUUCAUCUGGGACUACCUCAUGUUCCUAGUAACCUGCUUGCUGUACAUUGCUACGCUUGCCAUCUUUCAAGAGGAAGGUUGGUCGUCCUUCGAAGAGCUUGGACGCGUAUUCCUUCUCUUAAUGCUUUUCGGAGUAGCAUUCCUGCCGACUACCUAUCUUUGCUCGUUCCUGUUCACAGUACCGGCCACAGGAUUCGUAGUCGUCAUGCUGAUCAACAUCGCCUCCGGAGCAAUAUUCUUCACAGCCGUUACGUUGCUCAAGUUUGAUGGCAUCGAUCUGGACGAUAUUGGCAAUGCCCUCGAGUGGGUUUUCAUGUUCUUCCCGAACUUCGUACUCACACACGGACUGAACAAUAUCAACCAGAUCACCAGCACCAAUUCAUUUUGUAGAAAGCAGUGCGCCCUUGUUGAUGGCUGCUCUCUGGACAACACCUGCGCAUGGAGCGAGCGAUGCUGCGUUCCAGAUGUGUUCUCCUUUGAAGAGCUUGGUAUCAAUCGCAACUUGCUGUUCCUUGCGUUUGUGGGAGUCUCGUCGUUCUUGGUUAUUUUGGCAUUGGAGUAUCGUUUGAUACACAGAAUUAUUGAUAGUGUAUUCAAACGAAAGCAGCCUUGGGCACCGGCCCCAGUGGAUGAAGAUUCGGAUGUGGCAGCGGAGAAGAAACGAGUUCAAGCUAUGACGCAUGUCGAGCGAAACCAGUAUAGCUUGGUGAUGAAAGACUUGACCAAGUACUACAAGAGUUUCCUAGCGGUGAACAAUCUCUCGGUGGCGAUCGACCGUUCAGAGUGCUUUGGAUUAUUGGGAGUAAACGGAGCCGGAAAAACCACUACAUUCAAGAUGAUGACUGGAGAUGAGAACUUCUCCUCCGGGGAAGCUUGGGUCAAGGGCGUUAGCUUGGCGACCAACAUGAGCACCGUUUAUCAGAAGAUUGGUUACUGUCCGCAGUUUGAUGCUUUGCUCGAUGAUCUGACAGGACGCGAAACGUUGAAGAUUUAUGCCCUUCUGAGAGGAGUUCGCCAUGAGGACGUUGGUAAUGUAUCGCUGACUCUGGCGGAGGACCUGAACUUCCUGAAGCACAUCGACAAGAAAACAAAGGAGUACAGUGGCGGAAACAAGCGAAAGCUGAGCACGGCUUUGGCCUUGAUGGGUAAUCCAUCGGUGGUGUAUUUGGACGAACCGACGACAGGCAUGGACCCAGGGGCGAAGCGUCAGUUCUGGGACAUGAUCUGUAAGGUGAGGAGUUCAGGCAAAUCGAUCGUGCUGACAUCACACAGCAUGGAGGAAUGCGAAGCUCUGUGCACGCGACUAGCGAUCAUGGUCAACGGAGAGUUCAAAUGUUUGGGUUCAACUCAACACUUGAAGAACAAGUUCUCCAAGGGGUUCCUAUUGACCAUCAAGGUGAAUAGGUCAGAAGACGCUCAGGAACAGCAGCGAAGGAUUGGUGAGGUGAAGGCAUUCGUGAUGAAUCAGUUUGGCGGGGCAGUGUUGAAGGAGGAGUAUCAAGACUCGCUGAGCUUCCACGUACCACAAACUGAUCUCAAGUGGUCGGCAAUGUUUGGAUUGAUGGAGUCCAACAAGGAUCGGCUGAGUAUUGAGGACUAUGCACUUGGGCAGACAUCGUUGGAGCAGGUGUUCCUGUUCUUCACGAAGUACCAGCGUAUAGUCUGAGCAGCUGAUGAACUUUGUUUAUAUACACUUAUUUAUUGUAAAGCUAAUACAUACGAAUCUUGUUGUUUGAAACAAAA